UCCAGCCUGAGCCCCCCGCCCUUCUGGGGGAACAGAUGGGAGCUGGAGGAGGCUCUCAGCACGGGCUCCGCCAGGUGUCCAGGAUGGAGAUGGGAGGAGGCCCGUCGGGCUCGACUGUGUGCAGUGAAGCUGGGGUUGGGGUAAGGACUCCGCCCCAGGGCGCAGGUGCGCAGUCCCGGCUAGGCAGUCUGCCAGGGUGCAGAGCGGGAGCGGGUCCUUGGGCCGCACUUGGGCGGCGCCGGAUCGGACACUUGGCACUCUGGGCGGCCCCCCGGCGGAGUGGUGGUCCCAGGAGAACCUUCGAGGUGGGAGGGUCCCGCCCGCAUAGAGGGAUGUUCUGGAGAAGCCGGAAGCAGAGUCCGCGGGCACGCGGUGGGCGAGGGACAGUGCGGGUGCCGGGUGCGGGGGUCUCCGGGACAGUCCCCGGCACGCGCUGGUCCGCCGUGGGGCCCUGCGAUGAGCGGCGCCCCCUGGCGCGGGGGAGGAGGACGGAAGCGGGAGGUGAGGGCGAACGGGGAGGAGGGACGGUGGUCCCCGGCGCGGCGCUCCGCGUCAGGGCCUGGAGGAGCUGCGCCCCCUGGCGCGGGGGCGGAGAGGCGGGCGAGAGGCCCUGGCUCUUACCUCCCGGGGUCCCGCGGGUGACGGCGGCAGCGGCCAUUCUACCCCACACCGACCCCCCCCCAGCGCCGGCUGACAGCGGCGUCCGACGUCACUGCGCACGGGGCGGGGCUUCCCAAUUAAGGGGAUGGGGGUCAGGAAGGGAACCUGGGGUCAGCACACGUGGGGUUCUGGGUGGGGCGCUGGGCAGAGGGACUCGGCUUCUGAGGCUCUGAGCCAGGCCGAGGGACAUACUACUGGGAAGUCCCCAAAAGGGCAGCAGCGCUGAGGGGCAGGAUUCCAGGGUCCUGGAGGCGGAAGCUCGGCCGACGAACUCCCAGUCCGAGAGAACGGGGCAGGGGCGGCCGACCGGUGCUGGAACCCGAGGGGCCGGGCGAGGAACACAGGACUGGGAGCAGGACCCUUCUCGCCUCGGACAAGACUCCUUGAAUUUGGGGACCCAGCCCGACUUCAUUGUAGCUGAGUCCUCGAGAAAGCGAAAGGAGCCCUCCUUCCCCAUUGGCCUCUCCAUCGCUGCAUCCCAAGAAGAAAGACAACUCGGGCUCCACUUGCUUGCUUUUUAAUAACAGAGCAGAGAGAACACAAGGCCAGGGGCGGGGCCUGGAGGAAAACAGGACUUGGGGUGCUCCUGUGAGAGCGGUGGGUUGAUUUGGGAGCCCAGGGGGGUUGUUAAUGCCUAGUUCAGAGGAUGGGAAAGGCAAUUGGAGAGGCUAAGGAAGGGGAAACGCCUUCAUGUCAGCAAUGGGGGUGACUCUAAUGACGGAACUAGUCUUGGGUCCCUGGGGCACCACCAGUAUCUCGGCAUCGGUGGUUUCUCUUUACUCUUCAGACGCUGCCAACUGCAUCCCCCAGGGAUUGUGAAGGGGGUUCCUCCUGGCUGUGACCGUGCUGAAGGAGGCCAGAGAGUGCAGCUGCCUGGAGGCACAAGCUGCCUCCUGACCCAGGGGACUCCAGGGAGACCAAAGCAGCUGUAAAGAUGAGAGAAAUUGAAAACGAGAAUGGAAAACUCUCCAACCUGGUUCUCAGCUUCUACUGCAUCUCCAUGCAACACCAGAAACCCACGUCACUCCCUCUCACUCCACCCAGUUCCACUCCAACAAUACCUGGGCCCUGCCAGGAGUGAGAAAACUGUUCUCUUCCUGUGGAUAGGUUGCCCUCUCCUCUUCCAGAUCAGGGUAUUCAUCGGUGCUGGGAAAUCCACAGCCCUCUUCGCCAAGCACCACUGGCUCAGAUGCAGCCCCAGAGCUGCCCCACUGGGCCUUCUUCAGUCUGUGGAGACUUUAGGCUGAGGAGAGAAGUACCUGGAGACCAGGCUUCCUGUCUCUCCAUUCUUCACCUUUCUGUUCUGAAAUACUUCCUGCUGGGACUCCAGGGAGUUGUCAUUUGACCUCUAACUCUCCACUCCCAAUUUUCUGCUCCCCUCAGACUGAAGCAUAUUGUCUAGGAACCCAGAGGUGACCCCAGCCUCCCCACUGUCCUCCAGUUCUACGGUUUGCUUUCCUGUCUUCAGUGAUCCAGUUUCUACUCCUUCCAGCUCAAGUGGCUCAUCCUCCUUACCGCAAUUCCCUCCUCCUUUUCAUAUUACAAAAAUCUGUCUCAAUCACACCAAAGCCCACAGCUUCCUCCCAAGCAGUCUCCCCUCAAAGCUCCCCUCAAACCUCCCCUCAAAGCUCUCAACCCCUUCCUUAGCUCAAACUGUUCUGCCCCCAAAUCCUGCAUGACUGCCAGAACCUAGAUGUCUCCCUUCCUUACUCAUUGAUGAUGCUCUGACGCCUUCUUAGGUCCUCCAGGUGGUAAGUGACAGCCCUCACCCGGGCGGGGACCCCCCCAAGCCCCUGCUGCUGCAUUCUCUCCAAACAUGGCCUCCUCUUCUUUCUUCUCCAAAGCAUUUCAGGGGGUGGGAGCUGCUCAGGAGGAUACAGACCAAGCUGGGAGCAACCAGUGGCUCUCUGUGCCAGAGAAUGGGGAAAAAGAGCUAGAAAAAAGAACUGGCUCUCUCAAGGGAGCUUGGAUUGAACUAGGUAGGGAGUCCGGGGUCUUAGGAAGACCCCUGUGAUAUCUCGAAAACAUGAUGACUGAUUCAUAGAAAGGAAGUGCACUGGUUGGGGAAUACCAUAGGGAAGCAGUGAUGAGGAGAGCUUGGGACAGGAUAGCAGUGGGUGCAGUUUUAACAGAGAACUGUUGAAGGCAGAGGGUCUAUCUUACCAGCAUGGGUGGAAUGUGCUGCUCCUCCAGCCAAGUGAGG